UAGAUUUGUACUUUAGCUAAGAACUGAGAAAAGUCACCAUAGGAGUUGGGAGAAGAUGGGAAGAAUUUCAAGGACCAGGAGUUACGCAAUUGCCUCUUCAAUGCAAGAUAACCAAAACCAACCACCUUUCGUUACAUGCACCACUUUUAACAUUCUUGCACCAAUAUACAAGCGUCUCAACCAUGAGGAUCAGAAUUGCCGUGAAAGUGACUUCAAAGCAUGCUGGUUGGCCAGGAAUCAAAGGAUAUUGGAUUGGUUGUUGUAUGAGAGAUCUUCCAUAAUCUGUCUUCAGGAAUUUUGGAUUGGAAACGAAGAGCUUGUUGAUUUGUAUGACAAGAGACUUGGUGAUACUGGUUAUAUUAAUUUCAAGCUUGCAAGGACCAACAAUCGUGGUGAUGGUCUUCUGAUAGCAGUGCAAAAGGAAUAUUUCACAGUUGUUAACUAUAAAGAGUUGCACUUUAAUGAUUGUAGUGAUCGAGUAGCUCAACUGUUACACGUUGAGUUAGCUUUUCCCUUUUCACAGUGUCAAAACAGUGAUGUUAGGCACGAAAUUCUGAUUGUCAACACUCACCUACUGUUUCCUCAUGAUCCGAGUCUUUGCCUUGUACGACUGCAUCAAGUCUAUAAGUUACUUCAAUAUAUCGAAUCUUAUCAGAAUGAGCACCAACUUAAGCCUUUGCCGAUCAUAUUAUGCGGUGACUGGAAUGGAAGCAAAAGGGGACAUGUUUACAAGUUCCUGAGGUCUCAGGGGUUUGUAUCAUCAUAUGAUAUUGCACAUCAUUACACUGAUGCUGAUGCUCACAAGUGGGUUAGCCACCACAAUCAUCUUGGAAACGUAUGUGCUGUUGAUUUUAUAUGGCUUCUUAACCCUGACAAAUAUCAAAAACUACUUCAAACAAGUUGGAGUGAAGCACUAUUUAGCAUGUUUAAGUAUCUAUUGCGAAGAGAUUCACUGACAGAGAGAGAUGCAUUUGUUUUUCUAAAGGUUGACAAGGAAGAUUGUAUUACCUAUUCUAGUUUCUGUGCAGCACUUAGACGGCUUAAUUUAAUUGGUCAUUGUCAUGGGUUAAGUGUCGAAGAGACGAAGGACUUGUGGGUUCAAGCAGAGAUAAAUGGAAAUGGUGUUAUUGAUUAUAAAGGAUAUCUGCAGCAAAUCUGGAAUCCAACAGGAUCAGAUCAAAGAGAUGACAAAAAUGGGCAACAUGAUGAUGAGGCAGAUGGUAGUGAAACAAUUGGUUUUAAUGUAAAAAAUGCAGUUCUUUUCCCCCCAGAGGUGGAAAAAGGUAGAUGGCCUGAAGACUACUCUCUCUCUGAUCAUGCAACACUCACUGUAGUGUUCUCACCCAUAAGAAUGCUAUGCCACACUACAAAAUAA